AGUCGCGGUGGGAGGUUGUAAGGUUUUGAUGCGGGCGGUUGUGUUGCUUCUGCGGUAUCGGUGACUUAGGACUCCGAGUUGACGAGCUCAGACGUGAUUUUGUCAUAUUGCAAACGUAAUUUGUAAUAAAAAUAGAUUCGUAGUUCUUGCUUUAGAAUUAGAAGUUGGCUUUCGAAAGAACCAUUUUGUUAAAAUUUCGUUCUCACGUUCCUACCUCAUUGAAAGAAAGUCAUAAGUUGUAGGAAAUUUGAAGGACGGUGUAUCUGUGUUUUUUUUUUUAUUAUCACCUACUUUAUUUAAUGAUGUAGUGCUCAGACUGCGCCCUGUCGAUUAGUGUUGCAAGUGAAGUGUGAACAAGCUGCAAGCAUUCUAACUCCAAAUAAGGACUCCAACGGCCAACAGGGAAGACUUCGAAGCCGGAGUAGCAGCCGGUCCCCACGUUCUCCUACGUACAUUAAUAUCACCAAAUAUAAAUUUUUUGGCCACCAUGAAAAAAUCAAUCUAUCCAAUCGUUGAUUCACCAAAUAAAAAGUUUUCUGUCUCAAUUAUGUGAUUUUUUGGCCAGUCACAGCAGCUAUUCAAUCUUGCCUUUUUGAAAGUCAUCCGCCCGGUGGAAGUCAUGCAUUUCGCAUUCAAAGUUCCUCCGAUUUGAGGUCAUGUCUAUGUUACCAUGUGGCCCGUCUUCCCUUCUUCUUCCUACAUCAUGCGGAGAAGAAGGGCACCACAGACGAAAACGCCAGACUUUACAGCGCCUGCGACCUACCAAAGCACUCAGAAAAUCAAGACUAGAAGACUGCGUGGCACGCUGUACGCAUGACACCCUGACGAAUGGCAUGUCUAUUGACCAUCGCCAUCCUCGUCCUCUGGAACGCGCGCUGUCUAGUGCCGAACCUCCGGACACUGGAUUCCUUACGGCGUUGCCCUGGGACUUUGCCCCCAAGCUUGAAGUCAUGAAUAUUGUUAGUGGUACUGACGCUAGGGUAACAGGUGUUCCGAGUUCAAGUGAGGUCAACGGAAGUAAAGUGGAAGACUCGGUGAAGAAUAAGUUGGUGUAUGAACUAAGCGAUGAAUUAGAAUGCAGAAGAAGAACUGUAACGUGUGAAAAUAUUGAAAAAGUGGCCUGUGUGAACAGUGUGGUUGAGUUGAGUCAAAGUGUAAGAUAUGAUAAUCAUUUUAAGUGUAAAAAAUUAAGAAUAUCACUAAAUAGCCUUAACGUAAAUAAAAAUUAUUGUUCGGUGCCAAAAGUUGUCCCACCAAAUGUAAAAAGCAAAAUUAAUUUCGACGUUGUUGUAAGAAACUCAAAGAUUUGCCAAAAAACCCAACGCAAAGAAUCUUUUAUGUCGCUUUUUACUUCAACUAUACGAAGAAGAAAUAAGUUCUUCCUGUUGCCUUCUCCAAUUAACUUCUUGCAUCAGUUGUUGCUGAUGGCCCUAACCCUGCUAUUUACUCUACCUAUUGCCCUGUCAACGACGGGAUCACCACCUCGGUACUCACGCGACGCCAUGCCCAACACCAGCUUCUCGUGUGACGACAAGGCGUCGGGAGGUUACUACGCGGACACGCAGGCCGAGUGUCAGAUGUUUCACGUGUGUGUUCGCGUCAGCGAAGAAGAGAUCCGCGAUCACAAAUUCUUGUGUCCGAACGACACAAUCUUCGACCAGCAGAAUUUUAUCUGCGCCAGCUGGUGGGACACCGAGUGUAAACCGCUGCCAUCUUACGACGAUAAGAACGAAUUAAUUCGACCCAACGAUCCUUGGGCACAACAAACUCCAAUAAAAGAAGAAACUAAACCUCUUUCCGAGAAGGAGUUCUACUACGACUACUUAUUAGAAUAUGAAAAUGCCAACAGGCCUUCGGCGGGUGUCACUGAAUAUGAAUACCAGUAUUAUGACGAUGCCGGGACACAGGAGAGAAAUUCAGAAAACAGAAAUUCAGAAAACCGUCAGAAUAAGGGUUUAGGAUAUGUGAUGUCGUCUCUUGCUAGGUCUGUGUCGAGACCAAAGUCAGCAGUAAACGAUAUUAAAACUACUUCUGAUUACGUUGUUUCUACCAAAAUCGGCUCUCAAUCUACAUUAGAUCCCGUCGUGGAAUCUUCUGCCCCGACAACCAAUAAACCAAUUAUUUUUUCAACGAGACGCACAACUCGUCAGACAGAAAUCCCUACGACCUCACAAUCACCGAUCUUAUCUCCAUUUGCUGUACCGUUCGAAGUCGGCAAGCCUGUCGUUUCUAUUAGUAGCACUUCGUUGAAAUUCGAAGUGUCGUCUCCGAGAUAUGUUGAGUCUACUCCUCGUUAUGGUUAUUUUUCUGUUGAACAGCCGUCUUCUACACCCAACUAUCCUCGACAGAGCGUAUCGACUAUUUCUGCCAAAGUCAUACCAGAAUCAACCACCUUGAAAAGCACCACUCCUGCUCCACUACUCACGUCGACACCCAAACCCUAUCACUCUAACAAUAAUUCUACUUAUCAAAGAGUGAAAGAAUAUAAAGCAGAAGAUUUCGCUGCGUUUUCUGACGCAGAGGAUCCUUUUGCAGACAUUGACUGGAAAAAGGAUGUAUCCGAUGGGACUGCCAUAACCAGAACACGCUACGAAACGGAUUUCGGUGACCAGGAGUUAGGGAAGCAAAAAACCUCCACUUCAAAGCCAGUUAAUUUGAGGCGCAACUUGGAAGCAGAUGUGACUACAGCAGCCAAAAAGCCGCCUGAACCUCUAAAAACUGUGAGCGUCUCAAGCAGUUCUAGCUCAAGCAUUGGCACCAGAAAUAUAGAGGCGGUGACUCCAAAUUCUAGACGGCGAUCACGACGCAGAAAGAUCAAUAGAAGUGAAGUUUCAUCGACUACUACGGAAGCUUUGUCUUCGGACCACACAUCAAAUGACCGACGUCAAAGAAUUUAUACCGGUCCUUCGCGGCAGGAUUUUUCCAAUUUUCGAUAUUUUAAGACUGCUUUCGGCAAUACCGAAGUCAUUGAGCCCAGAAUAAAUUCAACUCGUUCAAACCGAUCUCGUCUUGCUUCGGUGCGCGUUGGCGAGCCUUUCAUUGCGAGGAGACGAGGAAAACAGCAAGACGAAGCUUCCGUAUCUGCAUCUCGAAGUACACGCUACUCCAUAUAUGCUUAAUUACGGUCAAAAAAUUCCGUUCCGUGCCUCAUAACUAUUUCUGACUUAAUCACCUAAUAUUGAUUAUUAACUGAAUAACUUUUAUUGUUAACUGAUAAUAUUCCGCCAUGUGGUUUAGAAUGAAUUUUUAACACCACACGGAUAUGGACACCUAUGCAGAUUUGUGGGAUAUGGUCUCUCGACAAAGAGAAGUAAAGUUGUUGAUGUUGAACUAAUAAAAUCAAGAGAGUAAUGAUAUUCAUUACAAAUCAUCAGCUGGUUUGAAGCUUUGCCACGCCAUCUAAUUUCUAUUGAAACUUGCGUUCUCAAGAGAGUUCUGUGUCGGAAUGAGUCUUCGUAUGAAUUGCAUCAUAAUGUAAUGAUACAAUAACAUAAUAUUAUUCCCGCUGUAAUGUUAUCCCGCGUUGAGUGGUCAGACUUCAUGGUUGUUUAUACAAACUGUACUAUAACCAAUCUGUACAAACUCUACAAUCUCAUUUAGAGAUAAAAUAGCUCGAUAGUUCCUGUGGGAUAAACUCUUCGUUGGGAAAUUCUAAGUCAAAUUCAAACUAACAUUCGCAGAAUAGUUUUUGAUAUAUUUGCUGUGUGACACCUCGUGUUUCUCUUAUCAAUAAUAAAAAUAUCAAUGAUUUCUCGAUAGAUGAAUGAUCAAUGGAGCUGAUAAAUUUCAGAAAUAAUUUAGAUAACCUGAAGAUAUUGUGUUAAAUUUUUGAAAUUGUGUCAGGUUGUUACCAUUUAAGCAGCUGGGAACAAGUACAAGAGCACGAUUUAUU